AAAAAAUUCCACUUGCCAGCAGCAACACAGAUCCAAGACGGCUCUCCAUCCUCCACAUUUGGCCAACAAAUAGGAUGACUAACUGAAACUGCUCUGAAUAAGUGGCUAACGGGGAGGAGGCAUGAAGGAAAUCUCCGUGGGUUUGAGGACAGAUACGUCAGGUUGCUUCUUGCACUCCAGAUCACGAAUCUGCAAUAGAGUUGGAGGGGGGCUCCGACAAAAAGCAAGAGGAAACAGGGAUCUCCAUUUACUCAACUCGGGAAACCUCUCUAACUGCAAGACACAGAGGACCAUGGCAUUUGCUGGGAUGCUGAGCGAAGAGAACAUCAAAGCUGCUGUCCAGGCGUGUCAAGCUUUGACCUCUCUCUUCCCCCCGCACUCUUUUGAUCCGCCUCUCUAUGGCGAUGCAGCUCCGGGCACGUUUGACUUCAGGUCGUUCUUUGCACAAGUGGGACUGAUCGACUCGUCUGAGGCGGACAGGAGGAAGGUGUUCACAGUCCUGGACCGAGACGAGAGCGGAUACAUCGAGGAGGAGGAGCUCAAAUUGUUUCUUCAGAAUUUCUUUCCAGGCGCCAGGGAGCUGACCGGAGCUGAGACAAAAGCACUGAUUGCUGCGGGAGAUAAAGACUGCGACGGCAAGAUCGGGAUGGACGAGUUCUGUGAUCUCCUGGAAUAAGAUGCAAGCACAUAAAAGUGCCACGCCCCUUUGAAGCCCAUUAUACGUUUUUCCUGGUUUUCCAGAUUAACAAAUGCAACAAAGUAAAUAAAUACAAACCUGCCUGCUGCUCUUCCUCUUGAUGUGAUCAAUAUGAUGAGUAAAAUAUUUGAUGGACCAAAAACUAAACCUGUUAGGAGCUAAGGAGUGAUUAAUAAAUGUCUUUAAAAAUCAAAAAAA